AUGCCGGGCGUCAUCAUGGAUAAUGCUACUGUUGGCCGGCCCGGGCAUGUGCCAGAUACUCAGACGCCGAGUAAUGGAGAUAACUUGCGAAAUGGGUCGUUACAUAUCAAUGGAGCAGCCAAAGGAGCCAAAGAUCACGACCCUGAUAGGGAAAGUUAUACUGGCAAACCUGGAAUUGACGGACACAGAGCUCUGCCUGAGCUACCACAUAUUACUCAGGGAUUCUUUCCGUUUUCAACGCUAGUCAACCGAUCUGUGCAGCAAUGCUGGAAUGAGCUAUCUGACCUUAUUACAGAGCUGGCGGCAAUACAAGUGUCACCACAUAGCUCAACGCCUUUGUUGCCUGUCAAUGGAAAAUCUCCUGGGAAUCAGUCUCCCGAAAACGUCCAGAAAAAGCUCAGAAUACUAGAUUUUGCUCAUGCUAAACGGGCCGAGUUCAUUAAACUUCUCGUUCUUUCACAAUGGAGUCGGCGAGCGCGCGAUGUCAGUAAAUUAAUUGACCUGCAAAAUUUCAUUCGCGCUCGCCAUCAAGCUUUUGUGGAUGCGUUGCAGCGUGUGGGAGAUAUGAAACGGGACCUGGUGCAGGCUCAGGUGGCCAAUCCGGAUCUCCAAACUGCCCUGGAGAUCUUGUCCAAGGGCAGUCUGGAAUCCUUAGCGGAUCUCGGCUACAAGUCCUCCAAACUUCUAACAGCGAGAGGAGCUCUGAGACGGUUGCAUAAAAUAAACAGAAUCAUCAGUGCCAGACUUGCAUUACAUGAUUCAAUCCCUCACCCAUUCCGGACCUACCGAGUUCACGACGGCCGAGUUACUUUUGUCGUGCGCGGCGAAUUUGAGCUCGACUUAUCCGUCGGAGCAGAAAGCGAGCUCUCCCAAUUCUUCUUCGUUGACAUCCGCUUUCUUUACUUCCCAUCCUCCGACAUUCCGAAAGGUCGGAUGUCCAAUGAGAUUGAUGCUAAAGUCAAUGAUAAACUGCGUGAAAGCGGCUUGACAGGCUGCUUCAAUUUCCUGCAUGGCUUGGUAUUGACCAAUAAAAUUCAUAUAUUAUUCAAGCAGGCCAUCGAGUUGGCUAAAGGCCUUUGGUCAGAAACAUUACGUGUUGAGCUUUUGCAUCGAACCUUGGUUAUACAAUAUUGGGCCCUAAAACCAGGACCUAAGAGUUGGGUCGAGGUUGGGGUCAAGAGCGGUAAUGGGGAGGCUGACUGCCUAGGCUUUGGGAUACCAUGCCUAGGCUUGCGUUGGAUGAGGGACGGCCAGGAGGUCGACAGUAGAGACAUCGAGUUCGAUCCAGAGGAUUUGUCAAUGGAGUGUCUCCUGCGGAGUGUCAUUGCUCUACAUAUAUCUUAUUUGCUCUCCUCAGCUUACGGCAUCCUAAGUGAAUAUUCGCUAUUCUCCGCCGGCACUUUGUCUUCACAAGCUAUUUUGAAUGGCACUGAGCCUGGCGAAUGUCAACUCUCUGUCCAGCUCACGGGCUCCAGACAUCUUCGGGUAUCCAUUGAGCCGAUGUCAGGAGCCGUCAUCUUGUCCGCCACCCCUGGUCUCUCAGAACGUUCCGAAAGUGAUGCCAGUCUGGACAGGUCCACCAUCGAUGAUUUGGUGGCCCGUGUUUCUCGGCUUCGUUGCAUCGCGGCCAUAGAGGAACUUGAGUCUAAUGUCAGGAUUUUGGGUUUUGAAACAGUCAGCCCAAAGGGACUCAGAAACGAUAUCCGGAAAGUUUUUCCAGCUAAUGUCUUGCGUUUUUCCCUCUUCUGGCAUCCUUCCUGGGAGCGAAAUUGGGUCGUGGCUGCAACAAGCAGCAUCACAGGUGACAACUGGUGGGUUGUGCAACUUCGCCGAUCCUCAGAAGUUGCAACAGAUUUUUCGGUCUCCGAUACAAGUGUUCCACUUUGUUCAGGGCAUAGCAUGAGCGAUACCUUUCUUGCCACGAGCCACCAAGCUCGCCCUUCCUCAUUCCCCGAUUUGGGCUACUGUCUUUCUGGAAUGGUAGCAAUUCAUGCCAACGUCAGCUAUCUAUCCGAUUUGCAAUCAGUUGAGUUUCAUCCACCAUUGUGCGCAUUGAAGGUUGAGUCCGAUCUUCAAAUCCCGGAUAUUUUCAUUCGCUACCAAGUAUCGAACCUUCCUCGGGCGCUUCAGCUAGUGUUGCCCGCGGGUCUGAAGAGAAAGAACCUUCUCAAGGAUACAGUUCGCCUUGCCUUCCAUGGGAUUGACCGUCACAAGAAUAUGGCCAUAUUUGUGGCGUAUGGCAACUUGGUGGGACCUUGGACAGAUUUAUGCACAUUAGUUUCAAAGUCGGACAGCUCCCUAGUUUUCAAGCGAGGAGGCAGUGGCUUUGCCCUUCGGCUUCUCGCUCCAGCUGGUCGACCUGUGAUCGUACAGCUGUUUAAAAGCCUGCAGACUCUGGAGUGCACGUUGUCAAUUCUCGAUUUUCUUCGGCAAAGGAAAUUGACACCUCAGUCGUUAUCGCUUACUCAUAUAGCCUUUGCUUACGGCCCAAGAAGGGAUCUCUCAGCCAUUGUCGGGAUCGAGUUGUCCGAGGUCCCCUCUUCUGCGGAGCUUGACCCUGUUCGCAUUCUAGCAGGGACUGACCCCUUACUUUUUCUCACUCUGGGUAUUCGAUUUAAGCAUCCGAACCCUCAUCGCCGGGUCCAGGGGUCUCUCGCUGCCCUUUUAAACCAUGCUUCUAAUGACUCUGGUUUGGAUUUCGUAACCGAGAUUCUCUCUUUUACACUUCCCUUGAUGCGAGCCUUGGAGCAAAUAACAUCUAACGCGUCUCGCCAGGAGUCGUUCAGGUUACAGGUGAUUGUGCGCAAUGCUUACACAUUCCUCCUCCAUUAUACUUAUCAGGGCUUCCGUUUCCAACUCACAACGAGCCAGCAUUCGGGGCAAUUGACUUGGGUACUAAGGGAAUUGAGCAGCCCAGGGCCCGGCCCAGGCCAUGACCAACUCAAAGCCAGGCUGCGAGGCACAUUGUAUCAUUCCAAGGGAAACGGUUGGAAAGGUCUUGGAAAUGGAGUGGUUGCAAGCGCUGAGGGAGUCGGCAACCUUAUUUGGGCCCUCGAUGGAUGUUUCACCGGCGCUCAGCAUAAUACUUGGUUACCGCGAGAAACUAAAUCUGAUCACGAUUACUCAACUCAGCCAGUACCGGAGAAACAGAGUCAAACCGGGGCACCAUCGCAGGCUGGCAUGGCUAAGGAUACUACGACGACGGCGAACUUCGUUAAUGACAGAAGUCUUCAGCGAAACCCUGUGGCUUCCAACGCUGCAGAUGUUAUUACAAUUGACUGA